AUGACGACGACCAACAGUGAGGCGCGGACGGCCUUUGUCACCGGCGCGACGGGCUUCCUUGGGCGGCACCUCGUCGAGUCGCUCCAGCGCAAUGGCUGGCGCAUCGUUGCCAUGCACCGACCAGGCUCCAACGUCAAAGUGCUUUUGGAUCUCGGCGUUCAGUGCGUGGUCGCCGACCUCCAAGACCCCGCAUCGAUCGCAGCGAUAUUGCCGAACGAGGUCGAUGCCGUCUUCCACGUCGCUGCCAACACGACGUUGUGGCGCGCCAGGCAUGCUGAGCAGUGGCGCGAUAACGUCCUUGGUACCAAGGCCAUGUGCGAAGCUGCCUUGCAGCAGCAUGCCAAGCGCUUCGUCUUU